AAAGUUAUCAUCAAUGAAGAAGUCAGAGAAAGAGAUAACUUUUAACCUUGUUUAUUAUUAAACAUGCGAUUUACAUAUUAGUCGCAUAAGUUAUUUAAAUAAGAAAUGUUUUAUUUGCUUAUUGCACUUGGAUUUUUCACAACUUCACUCGAAAUUGUUUAUGGCCAAGUAUACGGUUCUGCAUGCACAGUAAAUCCGUCUGGAUUUCCAGGUACUUGUAAAUUGUUAACUGAAUGUCGUCAAGUGCGAGACGAUAUAAUAAAAAAUCAACGUCUUCCUCAAUUAUGUGGAUUUCGGGAAACUCAAACUAUAGUUUGCUGUCCACAAGUCACAGAAAAAAGAAAUCCAGGUGAUAUUGUGAAAACAAAAUGCAAAGAAUAUUCUUAUGCGAAAAAUGAAUGUGGACAUAAAAUUGUUAAACGGAUUGUUGGUGGAGUAGUAUCAGGUAGAAAAGAAUUUCCACACAUGGCGUUUUUAGGAUAUGAGACCGAAGAUAAUGAAGUCAUAAAAUGGCUUUGUGGAGGUACAAUUAUUAGCGAUAGGUUUAUUUUAACCGCUGCUCAUUGUUUUGUAACUUCCUUACGAAAUGGCCUCACACUUAAAUAUGUGAAAAUUGGGGUUACUAAUGUUAAUGAAACUGAUCAUAAACAAGAACUGAAUGUAUUACAAACCAUUGCACAUCCAGACUAUAAACCUCCUGCCAAAUAUAAUGACAUAGGACUUGUAAAACUUGAAAAGCCGAUUGAAUUAAAUUCGUACGCAAGACCUGCUUGUCUUUACACAGAAAAAUCAAUUUCAGUGGAAAAGGGUAUAGCUACUGGAUGGGGUUUCACAAGUUUUGCGUCAGGUUCACUAAGUGACCAAUUAAACAAAGUGGAGCUGGUUUUUGUUAGCAAUGAAUUUUGUAAUAUGACUUACAAAGACCUCAUUUCAAGAAAUCUACGAAGAGGUGUUGUGGACGAUAUUCAGCUAUGUGCUGGUUCAGGGAAAGAUGAGAAGGAUACUUGUCAGGGGGACGCUGGAGGGCCGUUACAGAUAUACCACGAAGGUGAUGAUAUUUCGUGUAUGUAUGAUAUAGUAGGGAUUACUUCUUUUGGUAAAGCCUGUGGACUGGGUCCAGGUAUAUAUACAAGAGUUUCGCAUUACAUUAAAUGGAUUGAGGAUAUUGUAUGGCCAGAAAAACACUGAAUUUAGCUCAUUU